AUGCAAACUUCAUCCAUCAUCCACCCCUUAACACCUCCCGGAGUCCCCUUUUCCGGCAGACAGCUCCGUCAACCCAAAAGCCAGGUAACAACGGCAUUCAAGAAAGAUGGCUCAAGUGGGAAGAUGGUGGAUGACAACAUGAUCGUUUUGAGAGAAAGGAUUCGGAAGAUGAAGAUUGAUGAUGGCGAUAAGGUUCGGUUGCCCGAUAAUUGGAUGCAGUGGGAGAAGACUUACACUUAUAGCGGUGGAUACCAUUCGGAUGUUUAUGAAGCCAUCGCGGUUUUACAGCGGUUUUUGAUGGAGACCAGGCCGAGCGUGGCGUUGGGGCUGGUGGUGAUUGUUGCAUUUGGCGGUUGCGUGUCGGCUGUGACGGUUCUACAGUGGUUGAUAAACUCGAUAAACUCGGUUCCGGGAUAUUAA